GUGAGUCCCUGGCUUUCGGUCAUAUGAUCCACGGUGUUCCUGCCGCCUCUCUCCUCCUGUCUCCCCGCACAAACACGGGAACAUGGCGGAGAUCGAGGAGCAGCAGAGCCUGCUGGGAGCGGAGGAGCAGCAGGAGGAGGACGCGGCUCCUCGAGGAGGCGGCAGACCCCUGGCCGCCAUCUGCGACCCCAGCCGUCUCCCGCACCGGGUGGUCGUGCUGUGCUUCAUGUGCUUCCUGGGAUUCGGAAGCUACUUCUGUUAUGACAACCCAGCUGCUCUCCAGACUCAAGUCAUCCAGGACAUGAACCUGAACACUGCAAAGUUCAUGCAGCUGUAUGCCUGGUACUCCUGGCCCAACGUGUUUCUCUGCUUCUUUGGGGGAUUUCUGCUGGACAGGGUCUUUGGGAUCAGACUGGGAACCAUCCUCUUUUCCCUUUUUGUCUGUGUUGGACAGAUCAUAUUUGCCGCUGGAGCUUUGGCGAACCAGUUUUGGGUGAUGGAAAUGGGGCGUUUUGUAUUUGGCAUUGGAGGAGAGUCCCUGGCUGUGGCCCAAAACACGUAUGCAGUCAACUGGUUCAAAGGGAAAGAACUCAACCUGGUGUUUGGCCUUCAGCUGAGCAUGGCUCGCCUGGGCAGCACGGUGAACAUGAACAUCAUGGGCUGGGUCUACAGCAGAGUUAUGGACGCCACUGGCUCCCCGGGACACACGACACUGGGCGCAUCGCUCAUGAUAGCUGCUGUAACCUGCCUGUUCUCGCUGUUCUGUGCCGUUGUGCUGGGAUUUCUUGAUAAACGAGCUGAGAGGAUUCUCCAGAAGGAGGAAGGAAAAACUGGUGAAGUGAUCCAGCUGACAGAUGUGAAGAAUUUUCCCCUCUCUCUGUGGCUGAUCUUCAUCAUUUGUGUGGGCUACUACGUCGCCGUUUUCCCUUUCAUUGGACUGGGACAGGUGUUCUUCAUUGAGAAAUUCAACUUCUCCCCGGCCCAGGCCAGAGCUGUCAACAGCAUUGUGUACAUCAUCUCAGCCCCUGCAUCUCCUCUUCUGGGCUUUAUGGUUGAUAAGACUGGCAGAAAUGUGAUCUGGGUAAUAAUCGCCGUGGUGGCGACGCUCGCCGCUCACAUGAUGCUGGCCUUCACCUUCUGGAAUCCGUGGAUCGCCAUGUCGCUCCUCGGUGUGUCGUACUCUCUCCUGGCCUGUGCGCUGUGGCCCAUGGUUGCCUUUGUAGUUCCGGACCAUCAGCUGGGAACCGCCUAUGGCUUCAUGCAGUCCAUCCAGAACCUGGGACUUGCGCUCAUCGCCAUGGCAGCAGGAGCCAUCCUGGAUACCAGAGGAUACCUGUUUUUAGAAGUCUUUUUCUGUGCCUGCAUCUGCAUUGCAUUGAUGGCAGUGGUGGCGCUGUACUUUGUGGAUUAUCUCAAAGGAGGACAUUUGAACCAGUCGGCCGGAGCCAGAGCUCGACUGCAGAAAGAAUCCACUCCAGACGCCGAAUGAUGAAGAGAGAGCGCUCAUGGAUCUGGGCCUCACAGCUACCAAGGCUGCACCGUCCAACCAGAAGCUGUCGGUGUGCCGCCAGGGGGGGCGGGGCUGUGGACCGGACUCCGCCCACUGAAGUCAUCCGUGGCUCCUCACGCUGGAAGCGGCUGUGUGGCUUUGACAGCUGUGUCACCCUGUUUGAGCAGCUGAUCACAUCCAUACCAAGUCACAUUUUAGUGGCUCAGAUUUACUGAGCGCAGUCGGAUUAAAGGAAGACGUUUAUUCAGGGAGAGAGAAAGAUGCUUAGAUGGCUAAAAAAGUUUUUAAAGCCAUUUUAAGUUAUUUUAAUUGUUCAUCAAAAGAUGAGGCUUUUAACUCAUGGACAGGUGCCUGUUAUUGCUAUUAAAUAGUUAUAACUUUUAUUAUAUAUGAGUCCAACUGGGAAGGGUCUCUCUAUUAAUCCAGUUGUUUUUAUAGGAGUAUUUCAAAGACUGAGUCUGUUUUGAUCUUGAUUUUUAUGGGACUGAUUUUCCACGUUUCUCAGCAGAACUUUGAGGCUCGUGUAUGUAAAUAACUGUCGGCAUUGACAAUAACCUCCUCUUUUUGCACUCUCCUCAUGCACAGUGAGUCUAUAUUCAGUUUUAAUCAUUUUGACUUUAUUGGGAUUGUUUCAUCCCCUAAUUUUGUAAUCUGCUCUUUGCUCCUUUUUCCAAUUCAUGAGCUUUUCUGCCACAUCAUGAACUUAGACACUACUCAAAAAAAAAAAAAACAAAGAUGGAA